CAAAGAUAAAAGGGCAACUCGAAUACCGAAGGAGUUUCAUUUCUUCACAGGUCAUAACAAAGACCCUCCAUUCUCCUCCACUUCCUUUUUGUACCUUCAGUCACUUUCCACCCAUUUCCACAAUUUCAAACUUUCUUCAAUUGAUCCUCUCAUUUUACAAGAUUUUAGUCAACAGUCAUGUCUGUGCCACUCGAACAUGAUUACAUAGGGUUAUCAGAACCUUCUUCAAUGGAAAAAGCAUCCGAAUCUUCCAAUCAUUCAUCCGAAAGUGACAAGAACAAUGCUCUUAACCUCAAAGCCACUGAAUUGCGACUAGGGUUACCUGGUUUAGGUCAAGAUUUGGAGGAAAACGCCUGCAAAAAUAGCCCUGUGAAGAACUUCGUGUCAGGAGCUAAAAGAGGGUUUUCUGAUGUUAAUUUUGAUGGUUCUUGCAAAUGGGGUUUCAACGGCGGAUAUGAAGGUGAUUCUGUUAAGGGUUCUUGUUCUACUACUUCUGUUCUUUUUGGGAUUAAUUCCGGUAAAGAGAGUAAACAAACACAGCAACCAAUUCCUCUUCCUCUUGAAGAAAAGAAGAAAGCUUCUGUUACUACUGAAAAUGGCAGAACUCCCCCUUCUUCCAAGGCUCAGGUGGUAGGAUGGCCACCAAUUCGAUCUUUUAGGAAGAACACCAUGACAGCUAACCUCUCCAAGAAUGACGAUGCUAAUGCUGCAGAAGAGAAUUUGGGAUGCCUUUAUGUGAAGGUUAGCAUGGAUGGUGCUCCAUAUUUAAGGAAGGUCGACCUCAAGACUUGCAAAAAUUACUCCCAACUUUCAAAGGCUCUUGAGAAAAUGUUUGACCGAUUUACCCUUGGUCAAUGUACUUCUAACGGACUACGAGGGCAAGAAGGUCUUUGUGAAAGUAACCUCAAGGAUCUUUUACAUCAAAAUGAAAGUGUAUUGACUUAUGAAGACAAAGAUGGUGAUUGGAUGCUUGUUGGUGAUGUCCCUUGGGAGAUGUUUAUAGACUCAUGCAAGCGAUUAAGGAUCAUGAAAGGGUCAGAAGCAAUUGGGCUAGCUCCAAGGUCAAUGGAGAAGAGCAAGAACCAAAUAAGGGGGGUAUGAGGGACACAUGAAGAUGAAAAGGGUCUUUUUUUAUUUUUUUAUUUUUUUUUUGUGUUUUGGGUUUUCAACUUUUCAUGGAUAUGCUUUAAUCUUUGUUGUGGGUACAAGUAGUAAGUGGAAAGGAAACAUCUUUAGAUGUUUGAUUUUCCAUGCCUACAUUUCGAAUGUAAAUGCUCUGUUUCCCCCUUCUUCUUUUUGCUUAAUUUGAAUGUAAAUAUACUCCUUCCUGCUAGUUGUUUAUCCUUAUCUAUGUUUUUAAUGUUUUGACCGAAAA